GUGGUUGUGAACUUCACCCAGGAGGAAUGGGCAUUGCUGGAUCCUUCCCAGAGGAACCUUUACAGAGAUGUGAUGCUGGAAGUCUUCAGAAACCUGGCUUUUAUAGGCACAUCACAUCUCACUCUGAACACAAAAGCUACAAGCACGAGGAAUGUGAAGAGAAGCCAUGUGAAUUUAAACAGCACAGGCAAUCCCUGGUUUCUGUCAAAAGUGUUCACACACAAAUGUUAAUACAAACUGGAGAUGGACCCUAUGAAAGUACAGUAUGUGGGAAAGUCUCCAGUUGUUCCAGUGACAUUCAAAGGUAUGAAGAUACUCAUACUGGGUGGCAACCCUAUGAAGAUCAACAAUGUGGUGAAGCCUCUUCUCUCCCAGAUGUUCAAAGACAUAUGAGAACACAAAGUGGAGGUAAACCUUUUCAAUGUGAGGUAUGUGGGAAAGCCUUUCAUUUCUCCUCUUUAUUUAGAAGACAUGAAAGAACUCAUUCUGGAAAGAAAGUCUAUCAAUGUAAACAAGUUGGUCAAACCUUUAUUUCACACACAAGUCUUCAAAGGCACAGGGUCACACACACGGGGAAUGCACGAUUCAACUGUAAAGUAUGUGGGAAAGACUUUGCUUAUCCCAGUUUACUUAGAAUCCAUCAGAGAACCCAUACUGGAAAGAAGCCUCAUGAUUGUAAGCAGUGUGGGAAAGCCUUUGCUAGAUCCAAUGACCUUCAAAUACAUGAAAGAACACAUACUGGGGAGAAGCCCUAUGAGUGUAAGCAGUGUGGAAAAGCCUUUGCCACAUCCAGUCACCUUCACUCACAUGAAAUAACCCAUACUGGAGAAAAGCCCUAUGAAUGUAUGCAGUGUGGCAAAGUCUUUGCUACAUCCAGUAUCCUUCACUCACAUGAAAAAACUCAUACUGGAGAAAAGCCCUAUGAAUGUAAGCAGUGUGGCAAAGCCUUUACUAGAUCCAGUUAUCUUCAGAUUCAUAGAAGAACGCAUACUGGAGAGAAGCCCUAUGAAUGUAAGCAGUGUGGCAAUUUCUUUGCUAGUUCCAGUUACCUUCCCAUACAUGAAAAAACACAUACUGGAGAGAAGCCCUAUGAAUGUAAGCAGUGUGGCAAAGCCUUUGCUACAUCCACUUCCCUUCAGAUUCAUGGAAGAACACAUACUGGAGAGAAGCCCUUUGAAUGUAAGCAGUGUGGAAAAGCCUUCAGUAGUUUCUCUGGCCUUCACUCACAUAAAAAAAUUCAUACUGGAGAGAAGCCUUAUGCAUGUAAGCAGUGUGGCAAAGCCUUUCCUAGGUCCAGUAGCCUUCACAGACAUGAAAGAACACAUACUGGGGAGAAGCCCUAUGAAUGUAAGCAGUGUGGCAAAGCCUUUACUAGAUCCAGUGAGCUUCACGCACAUGAAAAAACUCAUAAUGGAGAAAAGCCAUAUGAAUGUAAGCAGUGUGGGAAAGCCUUUGUUAGAUCCCGUUUCCUUCAGAUUCAUGGAAGAACACAUACUGGAGAGAAGCCCUAUGAGUGUAAGCAAUGUGGAAAAGCCUUCACUCGUUUCUCUGGCCUUCACUCACAUAAAACAAUUCAUACUGUAGAGAAGCCUUAUGCAUGUAAGCAGUGUGGCAAAGCUUUCGCUCGUUCCUCUAGCCUUCGUUUACAUAAAAAAAUUCAUACUGGAGAAAAGCAUUAUGCAUGUAAGCAGUGUGGCAAAGCCUUUGCUACAUCCAGUAGCCUUCACAGACAUGGAAGAACACAUACUGGGGAGAAGCCCUAUGAAUGUAAGCAGUGUGGGAAAGCCUUUGCUAGAUCCUGUAGCCUUCACUCACAUGAACAAACUCAUACUGGAGAAAAGCCCUAUGAGUGUGAGCAGUGUGGCAAAGCCUUUUCUACAUCCAAUUACCUUCAGGUUCAUUUAAGAAUGCAUACUGGAGAGAAGCCCUAUGAGUGUAAGCAGUGUGGCAAUACCUUUGCUAGCUCCAGUAUCCUUCAAAGACAUAGAAGAACACAUAUCGGAGAGAAGCUCUAUGGUUGUAAAAAAUGUGGAAAAGCCUUUGUUACAUCUGCUCACCUUCACUUACAUGAAGCAACCCAUAGUGCAGAGAAAUCAUAGUCAUGAAAACAAUUGGCAAAGUCUUCUGUUAAUAAGCUUUCACUCAUUAUCAUGUAGUAAGUUUUCUGUAGAAAAAUUCUUAGAAAAAAAAAGAAAAAUUCUUUGAAUGUGAAAUAUGGGUAAAUCAAUAUUUCUUGUCCAAUUCAGAGAGAAGAAAGUGCUCACAUGUUUGAAUCUAUCUAUAAAUAGUACUGGGGAGUUAGUCUGGUGGUCAUUUAUUACUGAGCCAUGGUGAAGGAGAUUUCCCACUCACUGUCUUGACAGGGUCACAGUGACAAUUAAUGCUGGCAAAGCCGCGCUGGUUGGUGGGAAUCCGAAACCAUGAGACCCUUUUUUUAUAUAAUUGGGACUUUUCAUUUUCAUGCUUAUGUUUCUAACAGGAGGCAUGAGUAUGUUAAAUGCCAAACAAAUUAAAUAUCAGAUGGCUAGAACAUAACAGGUAGUUCAUGCAUUUAAGGCUGUUCUUCUUCCCCUCAGCAUAUCAAGGACAAAGUAGAAGGCUGUUCUUGUAUCUCAGUACACUGAGGACAAAUCUGAUAAUGGACAACAAACAUCCUCUGAAAGGUCACGAGAAUUUCAGGCACCACACUGAUUAUAUCAACUAGAACCCAAGCUCAUAUUUCCAGCCUCUUAGAAAACCUAAUCAUUAUGCUUAUUUUACAAAGCCCACCAUGUGUAGUCUCAUUUUUGAUUGAGGAAAGUUAUAUUAUACACUUAGGAAAGUUAAAACAUUUAACGAUAUAAUCUUCUCUUUUUAUAAAAUCUUUUUUACUUUAUAUAGGGUUUUAUGAUGAAUAUAGUUAAUAUUGGCGGAAAGUGGACUGAUGUUUACAACUUAUUUUCUAUUGAGAAAGAUUAUAAAGAUAUGAGAACUAGUGCACCUUGAAAAAUGUAAAUUAGUGAUGCAUUUUAUUAAUGAUUCUGUACUUUUAAUAAUUAAAUAACUAAAGGUCAUAUCCUGGAAAAAUGGAAAUUAAAUUGUAUAAUCAAUGGUGUAUCUGAAUCUAUAGUGAUAAAAAUAUUGCAAUAAAAAAUGACCCAGAGAAAGCUGCAUUAGAGCUCUCUCUCUCUGGAGAUUGCUCCAAGGGAACGACUCCUGUCUCAUCUUUUCGCUGACACCACUUAUCCUUCAGGACCCCCUGGACCCCACUAGGGCAGGACCAGGGCAGAGCCACAAACUUUUUCCUUUUUAUUUUGAGAGAGGGACUUGCAGAGUUCCUUAGGGCCUUGCUUAGGUGCUGAGUUUGGCGUCAGAAUUGUGAUACUUCUGCCUCAGACCCUGAGUCUCUGGGAUUAAAGGCAAACACUACUAGGUCUAACUGAAUAAUGCUUUAAAUGUGAAAAAUUCGGAAAAUCAUUCCAUUUUCCCCGUUGCCUUCAAAGUCAUUUCACUCACACUGGAAAACAACCCUCAGUAUGGGGAAGAUUGGGUACAUUCUGUCAGCUUCCCAUCCCAGUCCCGCUUUCCUUCUCAUAUAUGAAAAUACUCAUAGAGGGAAGCCCUGAGAAUGUGAUUAAUGUAGGAAGUCUUCUAAUUUUCCCAGUUUUUUAUAAGGUCUGUUAAGAAUCUUCUGGAAAGAUUCAUGCCAAAAUGAAUAAAUCAUAUGCAAGAAA